AUGACAGACCCUCAGGGGUGUGCUGGCCAGGGGAAGCCCAGCCUGUCCUUUUCCAUAGAGGAGAUCCUGAAGAAACCUUCUGCCAGCACUGCCCUAAGCAGGGAAAACAGGAACAGAAGUAGCUACACAGAGAGACCACCAGCCCUAAAAGCAGUGUCACCACUGGCCUUUGAUUCCAGCAGCAGGAGUCAGUUAGACUGUGACUUAUAUUCAGCCAAAAUGCUUUUCCCUGCCACGCAUGCUACACCCGGAGCCAGGGCAAAGAACAUGCAGGCAAUUCACUGCAGAAGACCUACUGACAGCCCAACUUCCCUUCUGGGUGAGGACGCACAACAUCAACACCUGGAAGGCAAAAGAAAACACGAGGAAGAGGAAGAUCAGAUAUGUGACUUUCCGGUGGACCAUCCACUUCUUGUUGAGAGGAAAGGGAAGCGGAGAAUCCGGACAACAUUCACAGCCGAGCAGCUCCAGGAACUGGAGAAGAUUUUCCAAGUGACUCACUACCCAGAUGUCCAUAUUCGCAAUCAACUGGCAGCAAAGAUAAACCUCCCAGAAGCCAGAGUUCAGAUCUGGUUCCAGAACCAGCGAGCCAAGUGGAGGAAACAUGAAAAAUUUGGCAACUUUGGUGGCCUUCAGCAUCUGGCAGAAGUUGAUUUCAUCCCUGCUCCCAAGUCAUAUAUCACAGCUCCAAGCUUGAUGCCAAGGAAGCUUCCUGCUACCAUCCCUGCUGUGGGCUACUACUCACCGCUGCAAGGGCAGCUGACCACUGCCUGGCUGCCCAGCACACUCUCCUUUGUCCCCCACCACUUGGAGCUGCUGCCCUUCCCAAAACCAUACUUGUUCUUCAAUGUCCUCCCCACUUAUGGUGUGCCGCUACCCCACAAGUUGGAGAGGAGCAGUAUCUGCGCCAGUUCCACAUAG